AAUUCUUCAUACGCUUCCUUAGCAUUAAUGUUAGUACUAGUGAAUGUUUCUCCCGUGUCUUCAUUCUUGUAUCGAUAUUCUAGCGGGUCACUGAAUAGGACGAAGCCAGUCUUGGCCACACGAGGUUCGAUCUCUUUCCAUUCGAAAAAUCCACAGCUGUCUAUCUGAGGGCAACAGUAAAACAGGCGGAUCUGGGUGGGUCCUUCUUUUUUCACUUUACGUACGGUGCAUACCAUCCCGUGUUUGCAGCGUGGUCGAGGGCUUUCGUAAACGUCUCCCCUUUGCCAAAAGUUGCAAGGAUCAUGUCGAUCAGAACACGUGAAGAAGGGUCUUCCAUAAUUUUCUUUCAUUUUAUUUUUUACCACACGUAAUUUGGCUAGUCUCUGAUGUGUUGGGCAAAUGGGAUGAUUGGAACCACUAUUCUGACACGCUUCCAUUGCUCUCGUAAACAGAUAACAGUCUUCGUCAUGGCAAAAGAACUCGCAGCUCGGUGUUUCGCCACAAAACCAAAACGUACCACGAGCAGUUGUAGAACAAGCAGCUGGUUUACCGUGAAAACAUUCCAUCGUGAGUGUUGAAUACAGACUAUGCAGGCGAAAGGACACUAGCUGUAUUUAUAGUGAUGUUACUGCAUUGUAAUGCUAAUCGUCGCGUUGCCUGCCACAUUUGGCCCAGGCCUGCCCGCGUUAAUUGGUCGCGCUACCUGGCCCAGGGUUAGGGCCAGCAAAGUUGCGUCACAUAUCUUGCAUACUAAUUACUUCCGACACCUAAGUUUGCAUACUAAUUACUUUCGGAGCAAUGUGACGUCAUUGGCGGCAUCCCUUUGUACUCCAGAGUGGGGGUUUCACUACUCCUUUGACUGCAAACAUGGUCCAGACCGGAAAAAAGUAUUUAAGUCUAAACUUGAAAAUGCCAAAAAUAAGGUCAGUUAUAGUCAUGUUAAGUACUGUGGAGGUAAAAUAUCUAAAACAUUUUGUCAUAUAAGUUUUACAAAGCUUACAACGACUGUCCUAUGACCCUUUCCCUGGGUGAUAUUACCUGUGAACGGGAUGUUUUGGAAUAUCAAAUGUGACGGACUUUUUUAAUUUGCAGAAUGAAGACCACGACUGUCCUAAGAGACGGUUUUUGCCACAAAACACUGUCAAGUUUGACUGUCCCGCACAAAUUCGUCUUUCAGAAGUGAUAAUAUACCCCGAUUAUAAGGUAAGUUUUUAAAUUAUAUAUAGGUAUAGGAAAAUUCAUAUAAUAUAUUGUAUGGUGAAUUUUCUACAAUUAAUUGUAGAUUAGUGAUGAUAGAGAACGCUCCAGAAGGGACAUGUCAAUGAAACUGAAGAGUGACAUAGCCAAAGGUGACAAACCUGCAUAUGAACGAAGGAUUUACAUUCAACUUCCAAAAGAAGACCAACAUAAAGAUCAUGCUAUUGGAGAGGUUUGUCUGCCACUGUAAUGAUCACAAACGUGCUCCCUUCGUAAAUCGGAUCCUAAUUCAGUGCAACGUCAAUGAAAAAACGUUCAGUACACUAAAUAGGUAGAAACUGUCACAAAGGACGAUUAACCUUAUAGCUCAGUAUGUUAUUGUCCAUGCCGAAUUAGUAUUCCAGUGCCAGAAGUUUCAACUCUUCUGAGUCUAUCGAUAUCACGCAUAAGCUAGGAUAACUUGGAGGAACGUUAUCUAACAAGUGAAAAUACUUAAAAAAUUUAUAGGUUAGCGGUAUUCUUCAGCCCAUCGACAAAUUGCUGACUAAGAAGAUUGAACUUCUUGUUGGUGAAGGCGUGAAAACUGUGGAUGAAAUGAAAAGACACCUAAAGAGCUACGUAAAGAACGAGUUAUUUGCAUCGGAGAAACCACCACGACCAAUCGCACCGAUUGGAAACAUCUUUUGGGAUUACAGGAACUGUGCGAAAGUGGUUUGAAUCCUACCUAUCUGGACGAUGUCAGCGAAUAGCAUUUAAAGAUGGAAUCUCUGACAUUUUUCCAUUAACGUGUGGCGUACCUCAGGGCUCAUGUUUAGUACCGCUGCUUUUUACCAUGUAUGCAAGUAAACUAUUUGAUGUUAUUAAAGAACAUUUACCAACUGCGCAUGCAUAUGCUGAUGACACGCAGCUUUAUUUGUCGUUUAAACCAGGGAACGGUGCGAGUGAGGAAGAGAGUAUCGCAGCGAUGGAGACAUGCAUUAAGGCAGUACGUACGUGGAUGACUAAGGACAAAUUGAAACUGAAUGAUAGUAAGACUGAGUUUUUGAUUAUUGGUACAAGGCAACAAUUAAAAAAAGUGAACAUUGUCCCGCUUCCUGUAGGCGAUGUCAACAUUACACCGGUAGCAUCUGCUAGGAAUUUGGGGACUGUGUUUGAUAGCAAUCUGUGUUUGGUACCCCAUAUCAACAAUACAUGUAGACAAGCAUUUUUCCACCUACAUAAUAUUCGCAGAAUUAGAAAAUAUCUCUCCGUUGACGCAACUAAAAUCUUAGUCCAUGCCUUUAUCAUGGGAAGAGUGGAUUAUUGUAACAGCCUUCUCUAUGGUCUUCCAGCAAAGUCUGUAAAUAAGUUACAACGUGUACCGAAUGCGGCAGCCCGGCUGGUUUCCGGUGCUUCUCGUUUCAAUCACAUUACUCCAGUUUUAUAUGAGCUCCAUUGGCUGCCUGUCAAGGAGAGAAUAAUCUUUAAGAUAUCUGUAUUGACUUUUAAAGCAAUACAUGGAUUAGCGCCAUCAUACAUUAGUGAAAUGGUAACAGUUAUGAGACCAAGUAGCUAUCAGCUGCGCAGAAAUAAGGAACUAUUGAUAGAGCCAGCUAAUAACAGAAAUACGAAGAAGACUUUAGGUGAUAGAGCUUUUAGUUUUGCAGCUCCUACAGUUUUUAAUGCCUUGCCGCAUUUUAUCAGACGAGAUAGUAAUUUUAAUAGCUUUAAGUCUUCAUUGAAAACAUAUCUUUUUCAAAUUGCAUAUUGUACAUAGAUUUAUCCGCUUAUCUUAGCAUAUGUAAAUAUUAUUACUAUUACUAUAUCUUUGUUACGCGCAUUUGAUCAUAUUCUCAUGUAAAUUUGCGCGAUAUAAAUAUUAAAUUAUUAUUAUUAUUAUUAACAAACAGGAGAUAUUACCCAACAGACAUGGACAUUAUAAAUUGCAUGUAUCGAGCGUCUGUGAAGUUCAUAUUGUCCAAAAUUGAUCAGGAAAACCUUGAGAAGAAUAUUGACGUAUGGCGUGAAAGAUAUCCGGAAGACUGUUUCUUUUUUAGACCCUGCACUGUAUCUCCCGAGAAUCCUGCGUCGGAAGGUGAUGGUGAAGUAGAGGCCGAUAUUACUCAAAAUCUACUGUUUAUUCAUCAAACUACGUGGCAGAAACGUCUUUUAGCUCGAUAUGGUAACGAGAUCACGCUGCUUGACGCUACUUACAAAACAAUGCGAUACGAAUUACCACUAUUUUUUAUCGUUGUGAAAACAAAUGUAAAUUAUUUGGUUGUUGGAAGUUUUAUAAUCCAGAGAGAGACAACAGCGUCGAUAGAAGAAGCUCUCGGAAUCUUAAAAUGCUGGAAUCAUUCAUGGGAGCCCAAAUACUUUAUGACCGACUUCUGUCAUGAGGAAAUUAACGCGAUUGAAAAUACUUUCACAGGUAAGAAUAUUUCAUUACAAUACUCCACUGUUUGUUGUUGUAUAGCGUAGAAAAUAAUAUUAGUGUAGAAAAUAAUUACCAUGCAGUUGUUUAAAACGUCUUAAUAAAAAAAUCCAUGCAAACUAACUGGGCUGUAAUUUGCCAUGUUGGUUGCAUCGCUACUAGCAAUUGACUCUUAGUUAUUUCGCGACCGGGCAUACACUACGAGUUCCCGGGAUGAUGUCAUUAUCUGAUAGUCGUAUUCUUUAUCGAUAACCCAUUCACUUGGAUGUUUUAGCCAAACUAAAUCAACUCAUUUGCCUUAUUUUGUCAGACACUACGACCUACAUAUGUGAUUUUUACAUCGAACAAUGUUGGGAGAGGUGGCUUCGCAAAACUGACAAUGGGUUGUCAAAAAGCAGAGAAGAAGUCCUGCUGUUACUUCGCAACGUUGCUAAGUCCACAACGGAAAAUGAGUUUGAAGAGAAUGUGAAACUCUUAAAGACACAAGACGUUUGGCUGACGAGUCCCAAACUACGAAAGUGGUUUGAAAACACAUGGCUAGUAGAGACAAAGGUAUACAUUUUUUUGUAGUGUGAUAGAUAUACUAUUGCUUAUGUUGAAUUAAUAAGAAGCUUAUGGGCUGAUUACAUGAACCGUAAUGUAAUUUUAACCCAACUGAUGAAGUAUGGCAAUGAGUUGAAUUGUAAACAUGCAAACUUUAGAAAAGCUUGAAAAUAAUUUAGAGCAUAGUCUUCGAAAAAACCCCGCUAACUGUACAUCUUUAACUGCAUCUGAUUUAAGCCAUCUGUGAUAACAAGUGUAUUAUUAUCUUUCCAAAUUUCCAUACAUCAAAAGCCUGGCUGAAAAUUACCCAUGUAAUCAGCUUCUUAAUUGAUUAAAUUUGUUCCGUCAAAUAGUUUAAAUUAAUUGACAUACAACUAUGCAUGCAUAGUUGUAUAUCAAUUAAUUUAAACUAUUUGACGGAACAAAUUUAAUAAUAAUAUACCUGUAAUACUUGCCCAUAAGUGUACUUGCUGCUUUAUAUUGGACUUUAUAGCGAUGGGUGUGGGCAUUCAGACAGAACAGGUUCAUGGUCAAUAUUAACACCAACAAUGGGAUAGAACGGCAAAACGAGUCGUUGAAGUAGCAAUAUAUGAAGCGAAACACCAACAAAAGCCUCAGUGCAAUGAUAACGAUAUUGUUAGAAGAAUUUCUUCCGGAUAAACGUAACAGGUAGAUAAUAUCCUAUUUUGAAUUCGUCCAGACAGACCAUUGCGAAUCACCAACAACGCACAUGUCAUUAUAUCAUGGAUAUGGAUCGUUAAUACGGAGAGAAUUAUUUUCAUUCUUGUAUUGUAGAUAUUUGGAGCUGAACACAAGAUGCAGCGAUCAAUAUCGACGAUAUAACACCAAUGUCCCAAAAUAUCUGCACAAUAAACCUCGUCAAUUAUUAGAAAACUGCAUGAAACGGAUAACAUCAGCGGAAGAAUUUCAACUCUGUGAUAUUAAAAAAGUUGACAACCAGUGUGGAGUGUUUGAAAUAAAGGCACAGUCAAAGGAUCGUUGGUACAAUCUAUCAUUUGGUUCAGGAGAUAUAAUGCCUAAUUGUGAAUGCUUAGAUUUUGGACGAAAUGGUCUCCCAUGUAAGCAUUUUUUCGCAGUGUUCAAUCACUUUCCUGAGUGGCAAUGGGAUUCAUUACCAAAGAAAUACCGUGAAAAUCCUCACAUCUCCUUAGACCAAGUUUACUCUUUAGUUGUCCAUUGAAUGAAGAACAUACCGUGUAUGAAGAAACAUCUCGUCAGUCGUUAAAAGAAAUAAAACAAAGCAAGAAAGUCAGCAACACUCCCGACACAACUGAAGUUACAAUACGGCAAGAACAAAUGAAGUGCAGGGAAAUUUUAAAAGGACUGACAUCAUUAACAUAUAAUGUUUAUGAUUUACAAGCUCUUGAAAAUCUUACGACUGGCUUAAAACCGCUUUUGUACAACUUUGAACGUAACCAGCUUACCGAUGAAAAGGAAAAUUUUGAAACCGAAAACAAGGAAGUGGCAAAAGAUACGAACAACAAAAUAUGCAUAGAAAACAAAGACAUCUCAAAUGUCAAGCAGAAAGAAAAAGUAUGUUGUUCCAAACCAGACAAAAUAUACCUUUCUCUACUAGUGAGACAGAAGAAAAACCGAUACAAUAAGCGAUCUGGAGCACAUGCAUCUGUGAUGCGCAAACACUACAAAGUCGAUAUCCCAGUAGAUGAUGACUUUGAACCAGAGAAAAAAAAGAAGAAGUUACAACCAAAGAAAAGCUGCAUACUACCACAAGAGACAACGACUAUAUCGUACCAUUCAAACCAACAACGUCAACUUGACGCGAAAGAUACGAAAUCGAAGGGUAAUAUACCACGUCUUACGCAGAUCCCUGAUACGAUAGCUAUGGAAACAUCUUUGAACCUGGAAACAUUUGCUCAAUUUGCUUGUCCUUAUGAUCAAAGUCAUUUCACCAACAUAUCCCAACUAACGGAAAAUAAGUUCAGUGAAGAAUCGGUAGUCUCUACCAAUCUUUCCGUUGAAUCACCCCCAUAUAUCACAAUUGAUGAAAACUCGCCUGACCCUGUGGUGUGGACUUCAAUAGAGAACAGCUAUGAUACAGGUGAUGAAGUCCCUUUGGUUUUGUACAGUACAACCAAACCAAGGCUACUAGACAAACAUACCUGGUUGAAUAAUACGGAAAUCUGCGCUGGCCAAGCGUUACUUAAGAACAAGUUUCCAAAGAUAGAUGGUCUUAGAGAUCCUACCAAAUAUUGUUUAGAAGUUGCUCCUGCCAAAUCUCCAUUCAUUCAACUACUGAAUACUGGAGGACACUGGGUUUGCUGCACGACGAUUUCAACAAAACUCAACUCGGGCACAGUCAGAGUUCUCGACAGCCUAUACAACAGACCAAGUUCACAUGUUGUUGAGCAUUCUUGUUGCUUGCUAAGACAUUCUGGUUGUACAAUGACAUUCUUGAACGAAAAAGUGCAGAAACAAAUAGGUGUUAGUGAAUGUGGUCUUUUUGCAUUAGCAUUUGCCACAGAUUUGUGCUAUGGUUUCGACCCAGCAAAUCAACACUAUGACCAAACUAUCAUGCGUCAGCACUAUGUCAAUUGUCUCGAAUCUAAAGCCAUGGUCCCCUUCCCUAAAACAACAAAGAGAGUAUCAUGCCACGCGACUUGCAUAAAAACACAAGUGGAUAUUUUCUGUAUAUGCAGACAACCAGAUGAUCAUAAGCAAUAUGUUCAGUGCUUCCGUUGCCAGGAAUGGUACCAUCCAACAUGUGCUGGUAUUCCAACCACAGUUAUCAACUCUAAGAAGAGGUGGAGGUGUAGAAAAUGUUUAGUUUCCCUUGCAUAAAUUUCUUUGAGGCUGAUAAUUAGCAUUGGCCAGUAUAGGUAAAUAAAUAUGCCAUACGGAUAAUGUCAGAUAUCAAGUAAGUUUAUCAAGAAGUUUGUAGGAAUAACCAGAUUUAAAUUUGUAAAUUUGAUCAGUGGGUUUCUCCAGACAAGAUUAAUUCUUCGAAUCCCUCAUCCAUCAAUAGAUCAAAGUGCAAUUUUUGGUGAAGUACCUUAAAAUUGUAAUGCAAAAUUCUUCCUGCUGAUUUUACUAAUGUGAAACAGAUCACUCAAACAUAGCACGAUAAAUUUUAAAUAGUGUACACCAAAGCAGUGUACGUAUAAAAGCAGUGUACACUGAUCGUUUUCCCAGUACCAAAGGGAAAGGACUGAAACCUGACUACAUUGUAAAUAUCUUUAUCUGGAAGUAAACACUACUCAGGACUGAUGUUUGUGCAUGGUGUCACUCUGAGCAUGCAUCCACACCGGGCAAGCUGAAAAGUUUGCCUGACCACAGUGGGAAUCGAACCCGCAACCUUUGGGAUACUAUAGUCCAAUGCUCCAAAGGUCGCAGGUUCAAUUCUCACCAUGGUCAGGCAAAUUUUUCAGCUUGCCCGGUGUGGAUGCACAGUUAGUGUAACAUCACAAAGAUCAUCAUCUGAGUACAUAACACCAAAACACACAAAAAGUAUACCCAGUAGGACAGAUUGUUGUUAAUUUAAAUGCACUAGCAAAGGGUAGAUGUGACUUUUUCUGGGUUUGUGUUGUUUUUCAUUCAUAUCAUUAUUAACCCACUAAGGUAUGGCAUAUUGUGUCCCGCAUCACACAGCGAGCCCAAGCAUUGAUCUGUGUCUGUUGUAUCUUUUUCAGUUUAAUUAUUUUAGUGUCUUUAUAUUGCUUUUUAAUUGAAUUAUAACACUACAUUGCACUAAUAUGUUAUAUAAUAAUAAUACUCCUGUAGUCGAACAUAUAAUAACAACAUAUAAGUUGAUUGGUAUUUGUAUGUUUUGUUCAGUUUAUUUAAGAUCUAUUAUCUUAUUAUAUUAUAUAAAAGCACCGCCUUUCGAACCUGACAGCCUGUUCGCAGGAUACGCGUGGGCAAGAUAUAAAUAUGUGACAAGGGAUGAAACUCUUAAAGUUUAUCGUAUUAUGAAUGCCCCGACUUGAGUGGACCGAUAAUUAUGCAAUGAGUGUCAUGUCAAACAACGCCGUCAACCUUUGGGAAUCAAUGAUAUAAACAAGGACACAAACUCGAAUACAACUCGAGGUGAGAAGCCAAUUUGUGUCGACUGUAACGGUUUCAAUGGUUAAAAUUUAAAAUUAAAUACUUAACAUUAGGUCCAGUUAAGUCGGGACGUUAAUGCUACGAAACGUCGCUAUUAAAAACUAAAGCAAUUUAUAAGACUCUAGGGCUUUUAUUUCACAAAAUUUUUCAAUGGCUAUGUACUUUAGCCUUAGACAUAUCAUGUAGCCGAAUUUGAAGUUAAAAUUCGUUUUAACAAGCACAUACGGCUUCAAAAUAAAACAUUCCUAUAUUGUAAUUUCAUCCCUUGUCUCGUUUCCUAUUUUCAGUGGAAAUAACAUGGUGCUUUUAUAUAAUCUAAUAAUAGAUCUCAAAUAAAUAAACUGAAAAACAUACAAAUACAAAUCAACUUAUAUGUUGUUAUUAUACUGUAUAUUCGACUACAGGAGUAUUAUUAUUACAUAACAUAUUAGUGUAAUGUAGUGUUAUAAUUCAGUUCAAUUAAAAAGCAAUAUAAGGACACUAAAAUAAAUAAACUGAUCAAAAGAUACAACACAGGGCUUAUGCUCCCUGUGUGCAUCAUUUGCCCUACUUUUAUCUUAUAACGUCCAGACGAUUUUACUUGUCCAGAUCAUAGCUUGCUCUUUAACUGGUUUAUAUGAAAAAGUUUAGAAUGUCCUGUUGGGUUUAUGCCCACAGAGCAAGUGUACAUAUGCAACUGAAUGAACUAAAGUUAUUCUUUAAGAUAGAAAGCCAAGGUCUAAGAGAAGGAGGACACAGUGGCUUUCAAUCCAUGUGAUGAAAUCCAUUUUCCAUUGAGUUACAUAAGUGGCUCUUGCAUACCUUUUUAGAUAUGUUUUUUUCACAUUUUUCAUCCAUAUCAUUAGCAAUGAGUGGCCAACAGGAAUUAUGCACCCCUCAAUAUGAAGCCUGCCCCCCCCCAGCUGGGACAUAGCGGGGCAUUAGCAGGCGAUUUCACAGGGAAAGGAUCUAUGUGAAAGUCAAAUGUCCUGCCCAGAGGGGUGGGGUUGAGUGGGGUUAUAUUGACUGGUGCAUUAUCAUGCAUCAUGCAUUAUUGGUACCAAAUGUUUACAUAUUUGUGCUUAAUAUAAUAUCAGGUAAAACAAACAGGGCCGCAGCUAGACCGGUAAUUGGGGGUCAAGCUAUGGCCCUGAAAACAAAUUCCUAUGUCUACCUGUUAGAGGAUAGCCACAAUGUAUAUUAUGUAUACAAGGAUGGGUUGACUACAAAAUUUUUGUAGUUCGCUAUAACUACAGCUACUUCAAAAAUACGUAGUCAGCUACAACUACUGCUACUUUUGAACAACAGUAGUUCGUUACUGACUACAGCUACUGCUUAAAAAAUGUAGCGAACUAUUUCGCUAUUUCGCUACUCUAUAUUUUCUAUUUUUACGGUAUUUUGGCUCAGGCUGUAAUUUAACCUAUAACAAAUCGACUUACGAGUAGCAACAGUAAACAAAAGGGUCAAAGCAACAUUUUUGUAAGCACUAUACAGUGUUCAGGAGUGCCACUUUUCAAUGCGCUAAAAUAAUCUUUACUGUAUAAAAUAAUCUUUUAAGCAAACCGUGUCUUAAUAUCAUUAUAUUCUACGAACGGUUGCUAACAAUUUUAAAAAGUAGCGAAUAGCGAUUCGCUGUUUGAAAAGUAGUCAACUACUUGGCUACUUUUAGGCAAAAUGUAGUUCGCUAUAACUACAACUACUGUUUUAAAAAAGUAGUCAAAAACUACUGGCUACUUGAAAAUUGUAGUUCGCUACAGUAGCGAACUACAACUACUUCGCUACUACCCACCCUUGUAUGUAUAUAUAAAAUGCUGUAAACAUUUAAAUUAUAAGUUUCCUCGUGUUCAUUAAAAUAUAGUUUAAUUAAAGCAUUAAUUUCAAUAGUGAUGAUGUUUUGGGAAACAGUGAGUACGGGCAACAGUGGGUAUGGGCAUUCCCUAUUAUAAAGUACAAGUUUAGGUCUUCUAGUAGAGUUUUUUGUGUUAUUACUGUAUAAAAUUGUCUUGGAAUUGGCGUUGGGGUACAUUUAAUAUAUUUUUGAUUUUUCAUAUAUUUAUAAAUACGAGCGGGAAUAAGUCGAAAGAUACGAGAUUCUCGAUCUACUAUUAAUAUGUACAAGCAGAAAUAUAUUAAGCAGAAAAAUAACACCUUACCUAAAAGGCCAAAUUGUACAAUUUUAUCGGUCCAAAAUUGUAAAGUCCAUAAUUGUUAUUUCGCCUUCGUUUUGGGGUGUUUGCGUAUUUCACGGCGAUGUACCGAUGCGAAACCGAAGAUAUUCAGUAGGAAGAAAAUGACGUCAUGUCAUUUUGAUGGUUGGAAACAAGUGAAUACCUCUUGACACCUGAUAGGCAUUUGAAUUAGCGAAAUUUGCAAAAUAUAAGGUACAGAAUUAUUUUAAUAAAAUAUAACAACCAGCGAAAAAGUAAGCCACUAAGUUUCGAGUAAAAUUGACCCAUUAAAUGUUUUAAAUGUAAGGUUUCGAGUAAAAUUGACCCAUUAAAUGUUUUAAAUGUUAUGGGCCGUAACUCUCUACUCUCCAAGAUGUUGUUGUUAGAAUUUAGUAAUGUAAUACGAUCCUUUAAUAUGAUGUGUGCGCUCAUGUCGAAUAAACACAAUAAGAGUGCAACAGUAUUAAACGUGAUUCUUGUUCACGUUUAACUAUAUAUUGUACUUAUCCCGCCUCUGUUUCAACAUAUCAUAUACGAACAAGUGAAAAUACUUUAUUAGUUAAUUGUUUUUUAAUUAAUGUGUUUCAUAAUAUUUUGUUUCACGGCAGAACCAUUGGCCUUAUCAGUAUAGGUUAGUGGGCAGGAGUCUCUAUUAUUAUGGCGUGUAUACGAAUUCGUAUAAGACACAGUUACCGUGGCGUUUUACUGCGAUGGAUUUGUUUAGUGUGCAACUGAGUAUGGUCUUACAAUUAGAAAUAGAAUUGUGAAUAUUUUAAUCUGGAAUAACUAUUUUAGAGCAAAUUACCGGUAUUUCAAUGACAUGUUUACGCCAGCAUAUAUUGUUUUCUGGUUAUGUUCUAGUCUAGCUGGUGCUUGGUGGCCAUUCACUUUUUAAAGUUGUCGAUUGACCACUGGACACUGGACAGGGUGGGCAACGAUUUAUUGCUAUUCGUAGAUUCAUGUGCGUAGCUAUUUUUAUUCCUCUAUCUGACUCGGCUUAAUUAAAACGCCAUGGAUUUUAUAAUUUUCGUUUGUUCGUGUAUAGCAAAGUACUGGACUUUCUAGAAAUGCCGUCCAUGAUGCGGCUACAUAGGUAGUACAGUAUAGGUUGAAAAUUUUAUGUUAUUUCGUUGUUGCUAAUGUAUUAUGCGAAAAAUUAAGUCGAAUCUUUAGCGGAUAAUGUGACAUGAUUUAGCAAAUUUUGUGCCGUGUCGUACUUAACUUAAGCCUGUUUUUCGAAUUUCAUCGCAAUAAUCGAAUUUUUAUUGCUAAAAUUGAAAAUAAUUUAUUAAAAUUCUAAUUAUAAUUCCAGUCUAGAGCUUAUAAGAUAAAAGAUUCGCACGACAAAUUUCGCUAGUGGAAAACAGACUUUAGUUAUUCAAACUUUGCAAGAAUUCAAUUGAUUUAGGGGUCGAUCUACUGCCGCUUUCAAUCGUUCUAGACUAUAGGGAGCGCAGCAAAAUCCGCUUUCGAAACUGGCAAGCCAGGUAGGCCUAUAUUAUUAAUUAAGAUCAAUAUUUAUUACUGUGGACUACAUUGAAACUGUUUUAUGCUUGUUUUGAUACAAUUGUAUGCGUAACAUAACGACUUUCAGUUAUUCAGCCAGAAUAAUAAUGUAGUAACUUAAGCGAAUUAGUUGACGUUAAGCUGACGCUAUUCAACGACGGAAGCGGCAAGCUCCCGGAUGUAUAUUUUAAACCAUAUUUUAACAUUCGAGAACCUUUUGCUCAAUUUAUUGUUGCAAUAUUUCACCGCGACAUUUUCGACGCUACUCUAAUAAAAUUGCAAGAAUAUUUAAUAUUGCGAAGGGUGGCGAACUCCUAUAUUAACUGCUGUCCGUAACACUAAUACUGUAAUAGUGUUUUUUGUAAAUCCUACAAGACAAAGCGGUUUCAGAUAAACACCUACAAAGCCAGCUUAAACAAUGUGAAUAUAUUCUGUAAGGAAUUUAAACGGCUUCGUGAACGUAUUUGAACGUUUUGAGCCAAACGUUGAAACGAUUUAGCAACAUUUUUCAAACGUUUUUCUCCAACCGUUUGAACGGUUCCGCCAGAUGUUUGAACAAUCUCAAAAAUCGUUUCAACGGAACGCUAAAGCGUUUAAACGGAUAACGAACGGAUAACGAACGAUUUUUCAGAACGUUUUUCAAAACCGUUAACGUACGUUUUCCCAAGGAGGGUCACAUUUGAUAUUAAAAUAAAUACACACAAAUAUAACAGAAACUGAAUGUUUCAAACACAAAGAGUGCAAUGGAAUAAAACGUAUAAUACAAUUGCACUCGCAAAGAGUGCAAUGGAACGUAUUCCAUUGCACUCUGGGGAAAUGGAAUUUUCUAUUCAAUAUCACGUGACCAUAAGCAGCUAAUUAAACGAUCAGAAUUCAAUAAGGUAUCAUAUAAACAUAAACAUUCAGAAAACUACAGCAAAUAGAACAAAAAGAACCGCGACAGCAAACCGCACGAACCGCGACAGAACCGCAGUGUUAACUUACUUCUAAACAGUACUGUAUAUACUGUAUAACAGGUAUGGAAUAACCAAGAACUAAUGUCAUUUCAAUGUCUGCUUUUCACAGGCAAAGACAGGUAGAGUUAAACAUGGGCAAGACAUUCAUUAAUGACAUGGGGUUGGACAGUGCCAAGUUUGGAAAUGAGGCACAUUUUUUGCUGCUAUCGACGUUGCUUCUAGAAAUAGGACAGCUUCUAGAGGUCUCUAAAUUCCUUAUCUGAAAUAUUGUUACUGCCAGCGUUAAAAAAUCUGCCAGCAUGCUGGUUAGCAUGAUAGCAUCGUUGCCGAUGAUUGAACGUUCCAUGUUUCCUGCUAUCGCGGUGGUGCCAGAGUUGGAACAGAGGGCUUGAAUUUGUAUAUCCAAAACACUGUUACUGCAAGCAUUAAAACGUCUGGCAACAUGCUAGCUAGCAUCAUUUACAAUGACUGAACGCCGAUGCUCGUCAAAACUUGCCCUCAAAGAUCUUCAGUAGUAUAGGGAAUGAGGGUUCUAGACCACUUUUUCGGCCCGCGAUCUCACCCAACUUCCGGUCAGCGGUUUCCAUAUUUUUCCCUCAAAAACGCGGGCUUAUAUUUUUCUAGACCAUUUUUCUAUUAUUUUUGGUAUUAUUUUUUCUAUUAUUUUUGGCAUUAUUUUUUCUAUUAAUUUUGGCGUUAUUUUUUUCUAUUAUAUUUGGCAUUAUUUUUUCUAUUAUUUUUUUAUUAUUUUUCAGCAUUAUUUUUUCUUCUCUCUUUCAGCU